GGCCAAACGACGGCUUAAUUAAUUGGUGAAUGGUAUAUCCCACUAAUUAUUGAACGGAUAAGACCGACACGGAUUAAUCGCUUCUCUCCCAUGGGAGAAAGCUUUUGAUUCGUCUAUAAAGUGGACAAAUCUACAAAGGAUUGCACACAGAGUGAGAGAGUCGUUUCAUUUCACUGUCGUUUAUAUAGAAAUCUGUCAAGCGAUAUAAUGGCGAUGAAGCGUGUAGCUACUUCUGCAAUUCGUGCUUUUAAUUCUUCAGGAAUUCCAUCUAGUUCUUCAAUUUUCACCAGAGAACUCCAUGCAACACCUGGGAGCAAGAAGAUUGUUGGGGUCUUUUACAAGGCAAAUGAAUAUGCAUCCAUGAACCCAAAUUUUCUGGGAUGCGUUGAGAAUGCAUUGGGUAUACGUGAUUGGUUGGAAUCACAAGGUCACCAGUACAUAGUUACUCCUGACAAAGAAGGGCCAGAUUGUGAGCUUGAGAAACAUAUUCCUGAUCUCCAUGUGCUGAUAACGACCCCCUUCCACCCAGCUUAUGUUACGGCUGAAAGGAUUAAGAAGGCAAAAAAUCUGCAACUGUUGCUCACAGCUGGUAUUGGCUCAGAUCAUAUUGAUCUGAAAGCUGCAGCUGAUGCUGGUUUAACUGUGGCAGAAGUCACCGGAAGCAAUACUGUAUCAGUUGCAGAGGAUGAACUUAUGCGGAUUCUCAUUCUUGUUCGGAAUUUCCUUCCCGGAUACCAUCAGGUUACUACUGGCGAUUGGAAUGUUGCAGCUAUUGCUCACCGAGCUUAUGAUCUUGAAGGCAAGACCGUUGGAACGGUUGGAGCUGGACGUAUUGGCAAACUUUUACUGCAGAGAUUGAAACCUUUUAACUGUAAUCUACUCUACCAUGAUCGCCUUAAAAUGGAUCCAGAGUUGGAGAGUCAAUUAGGAGCUAAGUUUGAGGAAGAUCUUGAUGCAAUGCUUCCAAAAUGUGACAUAAUUGUCAUCAACACCCCUCUUACUGAGAAAACAAAAGGGAUGUUUAACAAAGAAAAGAUAGCUAAGCUGAAGAAGGGAGUUCUAAUAGUAAACAAUGCUAGAGGGGCUAUCAUGGACACACAAGCAGUCGCUGAUGCGUGCUCCAGUGGGCACAUUGCAGGUUACAGUGGGGAUGUUUGGUACCCGCAACCAGCUCCAAAGGAUCACCCCUGGCGUUACAUGCCAAACCAAGCUAUGACCCCUCACAUAUCUGGAACAACCAUCGACGCACAGUUGCGGUAUGCAGCCGGCACCAAGGACAUGCUCGAGAGGUACUUCAAGGGAGAGGAUUUUCCUCCACAGAACUACAUUGUCAAGGACGGAGAACUAGCCAGCCAGUACCGUUAAGAUGCCUCAGCUUGUCAAGUUUGAUCUCUGUAGGUCGUGUCAUAUGUAGCAGUUUGCUACUUCAAUAAAUCGACCUUGUCAGUAAUAAUUUCCAUCGCAGAAAGUAGUUGCGAGAAUUGUUUUGUAUGGAUCAUAAAUUUGAAGUAUGACUGUGUUGCUUAAAUAAAUUUCAAAGAAGAUUAAAGUGA